AUUUCUUUUAUGACUUCAAUGUUCCCCCUUUUUUUACUCUCCUCUCCCUCUUCUCCCUCCUUUACCAUCUUGUUUCUCUUUUGACAAACAAGAUCAUCAGCUGUUAACUCCAUACUCCAGUAAAUUGAUUUUAAUUGUUAUUAGCUUUACACUGCAUUUUUAUUUAUUUUUUUGUUGAAACUCAUUUAGAUUAUUAAUUACCAAAUUAUUUUGUGCUACAUUGCAGUCGUGUUCAAGGUGAAAAUAUGGAAACCCACUUUCUGGUGAUAUUGUGAUCAACUCUUUCAGUCAUUUUAAAAUUAUUUUGGUUCAUUUUUUGGUGAAUUUGGUUUUCCAUACAGUUUACUUAAUUAAAGAUAUUGUAAAUAUUAUAAUUCGAUAAAUCUUGACCGACCUACAGUGUGAAAAAGACCAAAAGAGUAAAUGCUAUAAUUUAAUGUUUAAUCCAUUAUGGAUAACCAUCUAUCCAUAUCGUCAUCCUCUCCAUCACCACAACCACAGUUGAUAGAUUUAACUGAUGAUCAAGAGGAUCCAGUUGACCCAUCUGGUUGUCCGAUUUUGUUUGAGGGACCAAACAAUUCAAUCAUCAGCCUUGAUGAGGAUUCUGACACUGAUGAUAACACAUUGGAAAAUGGAAGAAUAACUCGACCAGAUGAGAAAGAGAAAGAAACCGACGACGAAACCGAUUGGGGUUUUAAGGGAAAUUUCAAUGGAGCCAAAGUAAUUCGUAGAAAAGUGAAAAACUCAAUUUAUCCUGUUAAUUCCCAGUUGAUAAAUUAUCAAACAAGUUGUUCAAAUCAAGUGACACCUAAAUCAACAGUUACAUCACUAAGAAGUCAAGAUAUUUCUGGUUUAGAAAGUACAAUUUCGGGAGCUUGUAGUAUAAGAGAAGGAGGGAUCAAAUUUGGUGAAGAAAAAGACGAAAUAAGACACAGAGAUGGUGUUGAUGAUGCCAAGAAUAAUUCGAGAAAAUGUACUAAAUCUUCAAUUACCACUAAUGAUGCUUCUUCAUACUACCCGAAUGGAGUAACCAGGAGAAACUUGGCCGAGGAUGUAGAGGUGGUUGAAAGGCAAGAGGAUUCAGGGGAUGGAGAAGAGACAAACUGUCAAUCCGGAAGGGAAAAAAAUUGCCUCUCUGAGAAUAGAGUGAACUUUCUGGAGAAAACUUUCGUCAAGUGUAUUGGUAAACGCAAUCAAAAAUGGAUUUGUCAACUCUGUGGAUAUAAAAAUUUUGAUACUUGUUCCGAAUGUGUUCAAUGUGAACGAAGAAAACGAUCUCAUGUCACUGUUGACCAUCAUUAUCCUUCUCAAUCGCAGCAGCUUCAAAAAUCUCAAAAUUCUUUUAAUGAUUUCAACAAUCCUACAUCAUUUUUACAGACGCCUUCAUUUUCUCAAGAUUCAGUUGCCAUAACCAAAAACAAUAAAAAGAUUAAGAUAAAAUCUAGUGAUGAUAUUAACUGGAUCUGUGAUAAGUGUUCUUUCAGUAAUCUCUACCUAGUUAAAGAUUGCCUCAAUUGUCGUCGAGGUAAAGUCUUUUUUAAAAGUCAUGGUUACAAGGGCUUGGAAUCUUCAGAUUUCCAAGUAACAAAUUGCCUGCUAACUCAUUUAAUAUCACCGGUUCAUCAACCUCAAUACGAGAUUAAACGCCAGUGGAAAUGCUCGAAUAAAGAUUGCAAUUUUCUCAAUUUAGCAUCAACCUUUGCAUGUGUUGUAUGUGAUACAAAAAGAUUAAAUUGUUUAACCAAACCUGAUGCUCGAAAAAAUGGCAUGAAUGUACGUCAAGCCAAGUUCAAAGCUAGAUUAAGGAAACAUGAUUCCGAGGGGUCGAGGCCAUCUUCCGAUUCCAAUCAAAUGAAUUCAAAUGAUGUAAUUUUAAUUGAUAUCUCAAAUGAUAAUUCAUCUUUAAUUAUAUCAAGGCCAUCUCCUUUAUCAUCAAAUAAACAGAAAGAAAUUCAACAACAAAAUGCAUCGAAUAGUCAAGGACUUCUUCCAUCAUUGUCAUCAUCAUCAUCUUCUUCUUUCAAUAAUAACUGCCAAGUUAAAAGAAGUAAAUCUUUACACGAGGUACCAUCAGUUGAAUUUCCAUCGUGUUCACAAUCAAAUGUUGCUACAGCAGAUCCACCGAUUUUUUCUCAAACUUGUACUCAACUAACAAAUACCAACUCUAACAUUAUGAUAACAUCUUUAUCGUCUUCAUCAUCUAAUGCCUCGUCAUCCUCGUCAUCCUCUUCCUCCUCGCCAUCUUCAAUAGCCUCGGAUACAGACAACGAAGAACUGAACAGUCAAACAGAAGAUAAUACUUUUUGGACUUGUCAUCAUUGCAGUCUGUCAUUUAACACAUCCAGCUCUAUCACAUGUCUUUAUUGUGAUACACCGAGAAAUCACAAUGAAGGAUCUCCAAUAAACUUAAUCCCUCGUAAUGGUACAGUUUCAUAUACAAACAACAUGAAUUCCAUUUGUAAUCGUUUACCCUCAUUUCAAAGUAUUUUGUCGUCAACAACAUCCCCAUCUUCAUCAUCAACACCAAUAUCCUCAACAUCCUUGAAUUCUUCAUCAACAAAUGAAAACUUUUGGACUUGUAUAAAAUGCACUCUCAACAAUUCCACGGAAGAAAACUUUUGUACUGCUUGUGGUGGAUCUAAGGCCAAUAGCACAAGUGACAAAACUUUUCAAACUCUCAAGCAUGAAGAAAGCUGGGUUUGUGAUAGAUGUACUCUUCGUAAUUCCAAGAAUCUUGAAAAGUGUAUGGUUUGUGAAUCUCGUCGACCAAUAAUUAACCAGCCUUUUAGUCAAUCUGUACAAAAUAACCUGAGUACAACUAGACCCGAUUCAACUCUUGGUAAAAGAGUCAAAUGGGAAUGUUCAGCAUGUACUUAUAUAAAUCCUGUUUCCCGAUACAGCUGUGAGAUGUGUCAACAAGCUCGAAGUGUCUUAACCAUGAGACCAGACACAGUUAGUCGAAGUCGAACAUCAACUUAUCGAUCAGUCAAUAAUACUCUUUGUCGUGGAGAAAGUGAGCUUAUGGAAGAUUUACGAAUGAUUGAAGAAGGAGAAGCACGAGAUCGAUGGGAAAAUAUUGUCAGAUUCUGUAAACAAAGCGGAAUAAGUUUUGUUGACGACUCUUUCCCACCAUCUCCUAAAUCUUUAUAUUGUUCUUGGGAGGAUAAAGUUCAUUGUAAAACAGUUUCUCAAUGGCUUCGAUUGAGUGACAUCAAAUGUCACCCGAACAUGGCUAAUGUCAAAUGGGCAGUUUUUAGAACACCUAUGGUUUCAGAUAUCUCUCAGGGCGUUUUAGGUAAUUGUUGGCUUCUUAGUGCCUUGGCGGUUCUUGCUGAGCGACCGGAAUUAGUUAAACAAGUGAUGGUAACCAGAGAAAUUUGUCCUCAAGGGGCUUAUCAGGUUCGACUUUGUAAAGAUGGUAAAUGGACUACCGUUUUGGUUGAUGAUUUACUACCUUGCGAUAGUAGUGGACGACUGGUUUAUUCACAAGCUAAAAGGAAACAAUUGUGGGUUCCAUUGAUUGAAAAGGCCGUGGCUAAGCUUCAUGGUUGCUACGAAGCACUAGUUUCUGGUCGAGCUAUUGAAGGUUUAUCAACAUUAACUGGUGCACCAUGUGAAUCUAUUCCUCUACAACCAGCGACAAACGGUGUACCUCAAGAAGAGAGAAUCGAUGAAGAUUUGAUUUGGGCCAAAUUAUUGAGUUCUCGAGCUGCUGGGUUCCUCAUGGGAGCUUCAUGUGGCGGUGGUAACAUGAUUGUCAAUGACAUGGAGUAUCACAGAAUAGGUCUAAGGCCUAGACACGCUUAUUCCGUUCUUGAUGUUCAGGAUAUUGAUGGUAUCAGACUUGUGAGACUUCGUAAUCCAUGGGGACAUUUUUCUUGGAAGGGUGAUUGGUCCGAUGAAAGUGAUUUAUGGACUGAUGAAUUGAAAAUUCAAUUAAUGCCUCAUGCUGCGGACGAUGGUCUUUUCUGGAUGUCUUUCACUGAUGUUUUAAAGUAUUUUGAUUCAAUUGAUGUUUGUAAAGUUCGUAAAGAUUGGAACGAAAUACGGAUAGAAGGUGUUUUGCCUCCUUUUGUAGACAAAGAGAAUUUGGAUUUGAUAAUAAUUACAGUUUUUGAGGCUACAGAAAUUGAAUUUAGCCUUUUCCAAGAGAAUCAAAGAAACACUAAAAAGGUUCAAAGAUCUCAAUCAGAUUUAUGUGUACUCAUAUUCAAAGCCGCCCCCAACUCAUUCAGUCAUAUAGGUAGCCUUAUAAAACAUAGUCGUCGGCAAGUACGAGGAUUUGUUGGAUGUCAAACAAUGCUAGAACCUGGUGUUUAUGCAGUUGUUUGUUUAGCAUUUAAUCAUUGGCAUACAACUUUCAAUGGACCUGAUGAUUAUCCCAAAUUUCUCCUCUCCAUCCAUAGCUCGAAGAAACUAUUGGUGGAAACAAUUCCUCCUCCAUCUUUUAUUCUUGCUGAUGUUAUUAUUAAUUUAACCCUGUCCAAAGGCCAACGUCAUGAGGGAAGGGAAGGAAUGACGGCGUAUUAUCUGACAAAAGGAUGGGCUGGUCUAGUUGUGGUCGUUGAAAAUCGAUUAACUGAUAAACGAAUUCAAGUUAUCUGUAACUGUUGUGAGAGUGUAAAUGUUGUCUCAACUAGAGGAACCCUUCGAACGGUUGACAGUAUUCCUCCAAGACACAGACAAGUGAUCAUAAUUCUUACACAACUGGAAGGUAUUGGCGGCUUCUCAAUAGCACAUCGUUUAACUCAUAGAGUCUCUCAUAAAUCCGGACUUCAUGAUUGGGGACCACCUGGGACAAAUCAUUUGCCUCUAUUGGAGCCUGAAAUAUUUGGCUUACAUGCACCAAGGCCGAUUUGAGGAUAAACAAUUCAAUUCGUAUUCCAUUCACCUUCCACUUUACUUUCAAUGUUGAGCGAAAUUGGCUCGGAUUCGAGAUUUCUAAUUUAUACAUGUAUUAAAAAAUCCAAAGGUCCUUAUUGUGGCAAUUUAAGUUAUGUUUUUGUUCCUGUAAAUUUAUUUCUAAUCAAAAUGUAUUAAAGUUUGAUAACAUUGAUACAUUGAA